AAAAUAUAUAUUAUCGUUGAGGCGUUAAAAUAUCGUCCAAAGUUUUUAGGUUAUGUCAUAUUGUGAUGUCGAUAUUCGUUGACGUCACACUCUUGACAGGUGUUUGUAGAUAUCUGUGGCAAUUCAAAAACAAUUUAUUAUGGCUCGCUACUUUCGAGAAGAAGAUAUUGAUGAAUUCAGGGAAUGUUUUUACCUAUUUGCUCGCAAUGGUCAGAUUCGGACCUUAGACGAAUUGACUAUCAUUAUGAGGUCGUUAGGCCUCAGUCCAACGAUUGCAGAAUUGAAUAAAUAUCUUAAAGAUAAAGGUGGAAAAAUGUCAUUCGCUGAUUUUCUGGAAGCCAUGCAUUUGCAAACAAGAGCGGAAGAUCUUCCGAAAGAAGUAAUAGAAGCUUUUCAAGCUGCAGAUACUGCUCAUACUGGUACUAUACCUGCGCGACAAUUGGCUCACAUGCUCCUUCACUGGGGAGAAAAAUUAAGUAACAAAGAAGUUGAGCAAAUCUUUCGAGAGGCCAAUGUAUCCAUCAAUGGUAAUGUCAAAUAUGAAGAUUUUGUAAAAAUCGCCUGUGCACCAGUACCUGACUAUUAUUAAAUAUUAAUAUUUGAAUUAUAAAUCUUUUAUAUAUGCUAUUUGAAGAUAUUUAUUACUACAUAAUUUGUAACAAUUCUAUAUAACAUUAUACUUUUAAACGAA